GUGCGAAAACGAAAAGUCAUUCCUACUUACGUCCAAAAAGCAAAUCAUUAAAACUAAUUCAACGAGAAUCCUUAUUUUUGAUUUAGCUGUAAAGAUAACGCCAUUUCUUUGUGGUCCUUUUGAUUUAAAAGGCGCAUCCAGCAAAAUAAUAAUGCCAUUUCCCCACGUUCCCCUACCAGGUUGUUAUUGUUAAGAACCGAUAAACGUCAAGCAAGGUUUGUGCUGUGUUGUUAUCAGAGUGAAACAAGUUUUUAGAGGUAAAACAGCGUAAAAUAAUGGAAGAAAUCGAUGGAAACGCAAUACUUGCCCAAGCCCUCAAAGAACAGGGCAUUGAGUACGUCUUCGGCAUCUGCGGCUUUCCGGUAAUCGAGCUCAGCAUGGCCCUCCAAACGGCCGGCAUCCACUACAUCGGCAUGCGUAACGAGCAAGCCGCCUGCUACGCCGCUCAGGCCAUCGGCUACCUAACCGGAGUCCCCGGCGGCGUCCUCGUCGUCUCCGGCCCCGGCCUCCUCCACGUGUGCGCCGGCAUGGCCAACGCCCAAGUCAACUGCUGGCCCGUGGUGGUCAUUGGCGGCUCCUGCCCGCAGGACCACGAAGGCAUCGGCGGCUUCCAGGAGUGCUACCAAGUGGAGCUAGCCCGCCCUUACUGCAAAUACUCCGCCCGGCCGCCCAGCCUCGCCCUCAUCCCCCAGCACGUGGAAAAGGCCGUGCGCUUGGCCACAUACGGCCGACCCGGAGCCGUCUACUUGGACUUUCCCGGGAACCUGCUCCAGGCCCGCACCACUAUCGACAAAAUCCCCAAGCAGUACACCGCGCCUGAAAUCCCGGUGAUUUACCCGGAGCCGCGGAAAAUCGACGAGGCCGCCGCUUUGAUCAUGGGGGCCCAGCGACCGCUGGUGAUAGUCGGGAAAGGGGCGGCGUAUGCACGUGCCGAGGGGCAAGUCCGGGAGUUGGUCGAUUCGACCAACUUACCCUUCUUGGCCACGCCGAUGGGAAAAGGGGUGGUUUCGGACACCAACCCUAACUCCAUCCAGCCUGCUAGAUCCCUAGCGUUGCAACGAGCCGACGUUGUUUUGUUAUUAGGGGCUAGGCUGAACUGGAUCUUGCACUUCGGGCGCCCCCCGAGGUACAACCCCAACGUCAAGGUCAUCCAAAUUGAUGUUUGUGCCGAAGAAUUGAACAACAGUGUCAAGGCGGCUGUGGCCAUCCAAUCCGACCUUAAACCAGCAGUGGGGCAAUUGGUCCAAAGCCUCAAAAGGCGUAACUUCACCUUUAGCAAAAACUCCGAUUGGUGGAACGAUCUUAACAAGAAAAUCCAAGACAAUAAGAGGAAAGUGCAAGAAAUGACGCUUGAUGUUUCCGAACCUUUGAACUACUAUGCCGUUUUCCACCACUUGCAAGAAGUUUUGCCCCAGAACCCCAUCAUAGUGAGCGAGGGCGCCAAUACCAUGGAUAUUGGGCGAGCUGUGCUAAUGAACGGCCUACCACGGCAUAGACUGGACGCUGGUACUUUUGGUACCAUGGGUGUGGGUCUAGGUUUUGCCAUCGCGGCGGCCCUUUAUUGCCGCCAUUUUGAGCCCAAGAAAAGGGUUAUUUGUGUGGAGGGCGACUCAGCGUUUGGCUUCUCGGGGAUGGAGAUUGAGACCAUGGUACGGUACAAACUCCCGGUGAUUAUAGUCGUGGUCAACAACUCGGGGAUUUACGGAGGCUUGCCCCAGGAAGUCUACAAGGAUUUGCAGGAGAGUGGAGAAGUCACAAAAGUGACACCUCCGACCACUCUGUUCACGAGCACCCAUUACGAGAAAAUGAUGACGAUGUUUGGGCGUCAGGGGUACCACUGCACGACCAUUGCCGAGCUGCAGAAAGCCGUCAAGGAAGCACUGAAGGAGACCGAAGGUCCCAGCAUUAUCAACGUUAUUAUCAGUCCUUCAGCCGACAGAAAACCGCAAGAUUUCAACUGGUUGACUGAAUCAAAAUUGUAAUUUUUGUACUGUUGUUAUAAUAAAGUGUUGGUUAAUUACGAAAA